CGCAUGGAUCGAGUUACUGGCUCUCUCGCAUUGCGCGGCUGCUACUCAGUUCACUCACUCAGCUGUCUCUGCCGGGCGGGUGGCGCACUCCGCUUCUCACAUCCAUUCAGCUCGAUUCCGCAUCGUUGUCCGAAGAUGACCGUGACUAUUGCGGGGCCAUCCACGAGCCUAACCUCCACCAACCGCGGAGAGUAGAACCGGAGCCGAGGAGAGAGAGAGUGAGAGAGAGAGAGAGAUUAACCCACCUCUCUCUCGUCUCUCCCCAUCAUCUGCCUCAAUCCUCUGGGCAAACCGACAGCUGAAGACGCAGCGAUUUCUGCUGAAAUCUAGCUCUCAAAAAACACUCUCACACACGUCUCGUCGGGAUAUUGUGGAAGUAAUUUCACAGAAGGAUAUUCACUGAGGAUGGAUAAUAUAAACGUGGAGUCGGUGGAGAAGGAGUGCGGCGCGCUUGGUGGAUUAUUCCAGGCGAUUGUCAAUGAUAUGAAGUGUUCAUAUCCUGUCUGGGAAGACUUCAGUGCCAAGGCCACCAAGCUGCACUCUCAACUCCGAACCACGGUUUUAGCAGCAGUGGCAUUUCUGGAUGCCUUUCAGAAGGUGGCGGAUAUGGCAACCAACACAAGAGGUGCUACCAGAGACAUCGGAUCAGCUCUGACCCGCAUGUGUAUGAGGCAUCGCAGCAUUGAGGCUAAACUACGCCAUUUUACUAAUGCUUUGAUGGAGAGCCUGAUCACUCCUCUACAGGACCGUAUUGAAGACUGGAAGAAGACAGCCAAUCAACUGGACAAGGACCAUGCCAAAGAGUACAAACGGUCUCGUCAUGAAAUAAAGAAGAAAUCUUCAGACACCAUGAAAUUACAGAAGAAAGCCAGGAAAGAGCUACAGGGCCGGGGGGACCUUCAGCCACAGCUGGACAGCGCAAUGCAGGAUGUGAAUGACAUGUACCUGCUGAUGGAGGAGACAGAGAAGCAGGCGGUGCGGCGUGCUCUAGUGGAGGAGAGAGGACGCUUUUGUACCUUCAUCAGCUUCCUGCAGCCUGUAGUGAAUGGAGAGAUUGCCAUGUUGGGAGAGAUCACUCAUCUCCAGGCCAUUAUUGAUGACCUCACCGUGUUAACCUCAGAGCCCCACAAACUGCCCCCAGCCAGUGAGCAGGUAAUAAAAGACCUUAAGGGUUCAGAUUACUCUUGGUCCUACCAGACUCCCCCCUCUUCUCCCAGCAGCUCCGGCUCCAGGAAAAGCAGCAUGUGCAGUAUGAUGUGUCCAUUUAUUGCAAGCAGUACCAAAAAAAAAAACCUUUACGAAGACCCUCUAAAUGUUUCCCUGCUGAUACCCCAUCUUUUAUGGUCUUUCUUACAGAAGUCAUCAAGUUCAGCGUCCUCGGAUGCAUCUGAGACCUGCCAGUCAGUUAGUGAGUGUAGCUCUCCAACCACAGACUGGUCCAAGGUAGGUUCCGGUGAGCAGCCGCUAGCCAGCACACUUCAGAGGAGGAAGGAGCCUCUGGAUAGGCUGCGGGAGGCAGAAACCUCUCCUCAGUCACAGGGGUAUUCUGGAAUGCAUUCGGAAGACCCCCAGAGGCCAAGGAUGACCCCGGCCACUAUCGCUGCCAAGCAUGGUGAGGAGGUUUCCCCAGCUGCUAGUGAUCUAGCUAUGGUCCUGACACGAGGCCUCAGCAUGGAGCAGCAGAAGAGCAGCCGAGACUCCCUUCAGUACUCAAGUGGAUACAGCACUCAGACAACCACCCCAUCCUGCUCAGAGGAUACCAUCCCCUCACAGGGUUCCGAUUAUGAUGGUUACUCAGUGAAUGGAGACACUGAGGCCAACGGUCAGGCUGAAUUCGAUAAAUCCUCCACAAUUCCCCGUCACAGUAAUAUCGCCCAGAACUACCGGCGCAUGAUACAGACUAAGCGUCCUGCCAGCACGGCAGGCCUGCCCAGUGGAGUGGGUGCUCUGGGCGGACCACCCGGCGGAGGGGGCAGUAUCUCCGGCACAGCCACCAUUCGCCGAACACCGUCUACGAAGCCUGGGGUGAGGCGCACCCUCUCCAGCGCUGGCCCUAUUCCUAUACGCCCACCCAUCGUGCCAGUCAAGACCCCCACUGUGCCUGACUCACCUGGCGGGUAUACAGGCCCUACCGCCCGUGUGGGCAGCGAAGAAUGUGUCUUUUAUGUGCCGGAUGAUGCCUCCCCGGGAGCGCUGGAGUACGUGAAGGCCUCUCCAAAGCGGCUGAGCCUGCCUAACACAGCCUGGGUCUCAGGGGGUGUAGGCGGCUUAGAGAUGAGCGUCUACGGCCAACCAGGUGAAGAAGAUCACCUGCUGGCUGCCAAUCGCCACAGUCUGGUGGAGAAGAUCGGGGAGCUGGUAGCCAGCGCUCACGCCUUAGGUGAGGCCCAGUUCCCUUUCCUCUCGCUUCCAAACCAGCCCCCACCAGGCCCCGAGUCCCAACCCGAUCCUGAAGUGCCCCAGGAGGGUGAGGACAUGCUGAGGUCUAUUCGUCGAGGGGUGCGACUGCGCAAAACCAUCUCCAAUGAUCGCUCUGCACCCCGGAUUUUGUGAUGCCUCCUGGAGAGAUGGGAGAAUACAAGCGAAGUAACACAGAAAAAAAUUUCACAAUGACUCUUUAGAAAAUGAGCUAUGAAAAAGAGGAUUAAAAAUUAAAUGUUUAAAGUCAUUGUAGAAAAUAAUGAAUAACAGUAAUGAAAAAAGUAAAUUAUAUUAUGUAACAGCAGGCCAAGGCCACUAUAACUCUUAGCGUGUCUGAACGCAUGUUUGUCUUAUUAACACACCCAUCACCGCGGGAUAGUUGAACUGUAGUGAGACAAUUAACUACUGACAGAACAAGGGACCAGGAUGUCUGGGGGAUUUUUGUGGUCCCCUCCAGUUCUCCGCAUGGUCCCGGUAGAAUAACGGCCCUCCUCAAAUUAUGGACCCCAGGAAUCAGUGCUUGAGAAGCUCAUGGGGUAUGCAGGGACUCGUCGCAGAUCCUUGCCCUCUACAACGCUCUCUCUAACCCCGCCCUCACCUCCAGUAAAAUUGACAUCACAUCCUGAAAAUCUUGUGGUAUCGCUGUUGUGUGCUGGUCUGCAGUCUGGAGGUGAGCAGGGCUCUGCUGCAGGUCAGCUCGUGGUUGCUUAGAUGGACAGGAUUUAUCUUUUGUUCGUACACUUCCGUUGUCUUGUUUGUUUUAUUUACAAGCAGUUAAUCGCCUCCUAGCUCCUAAGAGUAGGAAACGUUCAUGUCAGGUAUAUGGAUAUUAUAGAAUUAGGGUGAAAAAAACACCAUGAUAAUGUGGAGCAAUAACGCUUUUUUCCCUUUUUUUUCCCUUUGAUGGGGGAAGGUUUUGAAGAUCAGCUUUUAAUAAAGUUGUUCGUUUUUGAUGUUCAGGUGUCUUUGGGGAAGCAGAUGCUUUCGAAGACUUCUUGUUGAGUCUAGUUAUGGCUUAUUUAAAAAGAAAAUGAGAAAUAGAAAGGAUGCAGAGCACUUUUAAGGCGUAGUUUUGACCGCUAGUUAUCACUGUGGCCACACUGUGUGUGGUGAAUGCUGUAAGACAAGCGCAGUCACAUGCCCUGGUACAUAGGGAGACGAAUGCGUGUAGCAAUGUGAUGAUAUAAGAAAAAAGAGAGAGAUGGGAUGCGAAGCAGAGAUGGAGGUAAGAAAAAUGAUUUGGCAACAUUUUACAGUAGGAUCAAUUUGUUAACAGUAUUAGUUAAUGUACUAGGUAUCAUGAACUAACAAUGAACAGAAUUUAUUAAUCUAGGUUGAUGUUAAUUUCUAUUUAUUCUAGUUCAUUUUCUAUAUUUCAAGUGGAAUAAAUAAGCAUCAGCUAAUGUUUUAUGAACAAACAAUAGGACAUUCAAAAGGUUGGAGUCAAUAAAAUAUUAAUACAUUUAUUCAGCAAGUAUGCAUUAAAUUGAUCAAAAGUAACCGACGUUUAUAAUGUAACAAAAUAUUUCUGUUUUCUUUCUGUUUGUCAAAUAAUCCUGCAAAAAAAUGGAUCACGGUUUUUCACAAAAGCAGCAAAACUAAUGAUCAUUUCAGCCCUGAUUAAUAAAAAAAAAAAACCUGCUUUGCCACGACAGGAAUA